GCUAGUUCCUGUGUUGACAGAGCUGAAGGGGAGGCAGGGGUGGAGAGAGCAGAGGUGGGGAUUGGGGGUACUGGGAAUCCAUAGAUGAGAAGGCUGGAGUCUUUUUCCACCAGGAGCCCUCUCCACUCCUGCAGCUGGAGUUUCUCCCAGUCUCUGUGCUCCCCUGGGGCAAGAAAGGUCAAACAAACUGUUUGGGUGGGAAAAGAGAAUGGAGGAAGUUGACAGAGAUGGGCGGGGCUCUUGGGGGGGCUGACCAGGAACCCAGCUUCCUGCUCAGUACCCAGGCAUCCAGGCCCCCAAGCUCACCCCCACCCCUUCCAGCCCCACUCCCCUCAGGAACCCAGGGUUCCCGCCCUCCCCCACCAGUUUCUCCCCACCGGGGGAUGGAGACGGAGAGACCCCAGGAAGAGGCUGGUGAGCAGGGACGCCCUCAGGAUGAGCAGAGCUGGCCCCCUCUGAGCUCUACCACUCGGCCUUGGAGAUCAGCUCCGCCGUCCCCUCCUCCUCCAGGGACCGGCCGCACAGCUCUGUCUGCCAGCUUCUCCAGGUGUGAGCCCUCCUUCCUCCUCUCCCCAGCCCUGGGGCCCCGCUCGGCCUCCCUGCUGUCCCUGCAGACUGAGCUCCUCCUGGACCUGGUAGCCGAGGCCCAGUCUCGUCGCCUAGAGGAGCAGAGAGCCACCUUCCACGCUCCCCAGAACCCCCCAAGCCCAGCUACAGCCCCGGCCCGGCCCCUGGAGGAAAGAGAACAGCUCUACAGCACCAUCCUCAGUCACCAGUGCCAGCGGAUGGAAGCCCAGAGAUCAGAGCCUCCCCUACCCCCAGGAGGCCAGGAGCUCCUGGAGUUGCUGCUGAGAGUUCAGGGUGGGGGGCGAAUGGAGGAGCAAAGAUCCCGCCCCCCCACACACACCUGCUGAGACUCAGCCCCCAGCCGGCCCCUCCUCCCUCCCGGGGCUCAAAGCCAGGCCGUCCACUGCUCGCCCUUCACCCUGCUUGGCAGGGGUACCAGGGACGGACACUGAAACCGCAGAAGAAAUCGGAAGCUUCGUGGGCCUCGGCACAUUCCUGGGGCUGGGGGGGGUGGGGGAGGGUGGCAGAAAGUCCUCACACCCUGGGAACAGGCAGGUAGGAAGGUCACUGAACUCCCUCCGCUCGCUUGCUCGCUCGUGUGCCAGAGCAAGAGUCCGCAGAGACCCGGCAAGGGAGCUCCGCGAAAGGCUGGGAGUCUGACCUCCCGGUGUCAAGCUUGGAGGCAGGGUGUGAUUGAGCGCUCAGGAUCGCGAGAAACGCAGGCAGAUCUCCCGAGGGAGGCUACGACCUAUGAGGCAGCGCUACGCUCCUUCCCAGUGAGAAGGGAGGCCGCGCACCACGGACAUCAGGCCUCCGGCGCCCCGCAUCCGGCCGAGGGCCUGGCGGCUGCUCACCCUGCCUGCCUCCCACUGCUGCUCCGAGCCCGUCUGAACGAAGUCUGGGUUGCACGAAUAAAUGUGAUUACUCUCCGG